AUAGACCCACCCACACUAAGGCGAUACAUAGAGUACGCCAUUUACUAGUCGUUCGCGGAGUCCCCGAUGCACGUCGUUCUGCAAGUGGGCUCGCAGCCGUACGCGCACCGCCUGUUCCUCUACGCCACGUCGCCUUCACUCAGAUUGUUCCCCGCGGGGGCGGUGGAGGGCGCGGAGGAGCUAGGGCCGCACACGGACCACCAUGGGGCGGCGCUGGUGCUGCUGCGCGGGUGCCGCCUGUCCCCGGGGGAAAUGGCUCGCCUCGUGGACUCCACGUUCCUCAGCAGGUACAUCCAUCGCAUGUACUGGUGCGAGCAUGUGGAGGCAUGCCCCUGGCAGAUGCUGCGAGCAGUAGAGCAGUGGGCGCAAGCACACGCAGUGGGGGGUGGGGGGGAGACAGGGGAGAGUGGUGCGCAGAAGGAAGGGAGAGCACAGGCGCUGGACCACCGCCAGUGCCAGAAGGGAGAGCAGCUGCAGGAAGAGCACCAGCAGCAGCAGCCGCAGCAGCCGCAGCGGCAGCAGGAGAAGGAGGAGGAGGAGGAGGAGGAGCAGGAGCAGGAGGGAGAGGUGCAAGCGCAGUCUGAGCGCACCUCGCCCCGUGUGUCCAUCCGCGUGCAGGCGUUCCCCAAGCACUUUGAGCGCUGGAUCGCAUCCCACCUGCCGCCCUCCCUCCCUCUGGACCCCAGGCGCUUCACCCACACACUCAGCGCCGUCUCCACCGCCACCCACUUCUUCCCCUUCUACCCGCGCCAGCCGUCCUCCUCCCUCACUCCCUUCCACCUCCUCCCCCCCGUGCCCCCCUGCUGCUGCAUUGGCAGAGGCGGGGGAGGGCGCGAGGGGGAAGGGCAGGGGGAAGGGGAGGGGAGGGAGCGGGAAGAGGAGAUGAAUGGUGGGGUGGUAGUGCCUCAGCAGCAGCUGCAGCACACACGGAGCAUGGUAGGACAUGGAGAAGGGAGGGGUGAUGAGGGCGGUGGAGGGAUGGAUGGUGGGAGUUGCGAGGAGGAGGACGGUGGAAGGGCGAAGGAUGGGAGAGGGGAGGCAGCGAGUGGGUGCAGUCGUCACUCUACCAAGGAGUCUCCCCACUCAUCCAACGACACAGCCCACCCCACCAGCACACACAACCCCCUGCCCGCACCUCCCACCUCCCCUCCACCCUCCACCCCUCUCUCCCCUGCUCGUCGCACGCGUCGCGAUCGCACGCCUCUCUCCCUGGUCCCCCCCGAUCCGCGCAUUUUCUUCUCGUUGUCCCCCGCCGCCGCCAUGUGGCGCCUGCCCAGCGACCGCGCUGCAGGCAGUGAGGGGUGCGCCAGCAGCGCUGUGAGCAAGCUGGAGGAGCUGCUGCACGUGGUGGGGUGGCGGCUGCGGGGUGACAUGGCUGCCAUGGACGUGGGAGCAGCUCCGGGUGCGUGGACGGAGUAUUUGAGCGCCAGGGUGCGCCAUGUGCUUGCCAUCGACCCCGCUGCCCUCGCACCUGCGGUCACGGCCCGGGGCAACGUCACCCAUGUGAAGAAGAUGGUGGAGGAUGCAUGGGAUGAUGUGCAGGCAUGGGCCAUGACAUGCCGUGCCAACUCUCACACACCACCUCAUGAUGUGCCAGACAUGAGCCAGGCGGAGUCACAAGGCGCUGACAACACCACAACCAACACCACCACCACCACCACCACCACCACCACCACCACCACCAGCUGCAGCAGCAGCAGUGGCAUAGCCAGCAGCCCAAGCAGCACGGCCCCCUGCAUCGCGGGCGAGAGGAGUGUGGAGAGCGGUGUGGGCGGUGCUGCCAUAUGCCACGGUCUGUUCUGCGACGCCAACAAGCAUCCCCUGCAGGCUGCAGCGCUGGUGGCGCCGUUGCUGCCUGCUCUUGCCCCUGGAGGGAUACUGGUGCUCACAAUGAAGUGCAGAGGGCGAGGCAGGGACAAGGAGUCAUUGAUGCAGCAGUUGACUGAGGCCCUCCCUGCGACAUUCAGUUCCACGGAGUGUGUGUGGCUCAUGGCUAACUCCGUCUUCGAGCGCACAUUUGUUGGCAUCAAGGCGUAGCAGCACCAUGAGCAGGUCCUCACAAGUCUACAUUUUUGCGACUAUGUCUGAUUUUCAGGCAAUCUACCGGUAUUUGAACUAGCUCUCUGAUUCUUCAGGCUUGGUGCAAUUUUUAGUUCUCAACGUGAAUGCCCGGUAGAACUCGGUUGUUAGAAAUUGUGGUUUGAAAUGGCAACACUCAGAAAAACGAAAUGAACUAGAAAGAGUGAUAUAGGGUGGUUUUGUACCAAGGAGU